AUGGUGCUGUUGCAGUCUCUCAUUCCGCCGGCAUGGUUUGCUGUCUCUAGUGCAGUCUUCUUCGUGUCUAUUCACCUCCCUAUCAAAAGUCGACUAUACCUCUCGCCGUUUCUGAUCGGGACCGCCAUCUUGUCUCUCCGUGCGAGUCCCUACCUCACAUGGCUUACCGGGAUGAAUGUGCUGUGGGCACUUUUUGCUUGUAUCUGGAUUCAACAUGCAGUGGCGGUUCUCUAUUUUGACCAACUCAAAGUGCCACCGACUGCAUCUUCCUGGCUCUCAACAUACAAGAUCUGGAAUGAUCCUCGGCGUCAAGUCAGUCGGGGAAUACCCGUGCAGCAACAGAGCCCACCCCGUCCGCCCAGUCGGAUCAAAUUCACCUGUUAUCGACUUGGCAAGAUCUUACUAUGCUGGACUCUCCAGCUAUUCAUCGUGGGACCUCUAGUCCCGUUCUACUUUGGCUUUACAGCGCAAGAUUUCUCCCCCUCGCGUCAAACGUUUCUCCGCCGCUGUCUGUCCCUCGUUCACCAAGCGCCGCCAAUCACUCUCCGUGAGAUCCAGAUCCGGCUCUUCCUCUCCGUAUACUGGAUCUGGAUCGCUUAUCUGAUGCUCGACCUGUGCAAUUUCUUCCUGGCCGUUCUCUUCAGUGUGAUCCUCCGUCUCGAUCCCCCAGAGGAAUGGCCCCCUCUCUUCGGCAGUCCCCGCCAGGCAUACAGCAUCCGUCGCUUCUGGACAAAGUUCUGGCACCGCCUCACCGUACCCUGUUGCGCUGCCUCUGGCAAGCAAAUCACCCGCCAUCUCAUCGGUAUGAUUCCCGGAUCCCGCAGCGAGAAGGUCUUUGUCGCAUUCUGGACCUUUUUGCUCUCGGGAUUGUGCCAUGUCGUGGCGGAUUGGCAAGCUGGUGAGCCGUGUCAUCCAGGUGAUGACCUCCUCUUCUUCGUGGCCAAUUUCGCGGCUAUCGCGCUGGAGUUGAUGGUCGUACCGAGGUUGAAGUCACGAGUUAAGAGGUAUUGUGCGGAUGAGAAAGUUGCCCGGUUGGCGGGGUCUGGUUGGGUUGAAGUAGUUGUGGGAUAUGUGUGGGUUCUGGCGUUUUUCUUUUGGAUUACCCCCAAGUGGCAGUACCCUAAGCUUCAUGCUGUUUUGAUACAAGCUGAGCUGGACUCCGGUGUGAUAUAA